GCGAACGGCGGCCGGGCGGGCGUGAGGGAGACGCCGCCGCCGCCGCCGCCGCCGCCGCCGGGGAGAAGACGACGGUGGCCGCCGGCGGUGCGGACCCCACCCACCCCUCCCGCCGCCGGUCUCCCUGCCGCUCCCGCCGUCGCGCCGCCGGCAUGAGCCACAUUCAGAUCCCGCCGGGGCUCACGGAGCUGCUGCAGGGCUACACGGUGGAGGUGCUGCGGAAGCAGCCGCCCGACCUGGUGGACUUCGCCGUGGACUACUUCACCCGCCUGCGCGAGGCCCGCGCCCAGACCUCCUCCGUCCCGCUCGCCGCCACCACCACCGCCUUCGGGCUGAAGACGCCCGAGCCCGACUCCAUCCCGGUCACCGACGAGAACGGGGACACGGAAUCCGAGGACGAGGAGGACUUGGAAAUUCCAAUUCCUAACAGAUUUAAUAGACGAGUAUCAGUCUGUGCAGAGACCUAUAAUCCUGAUGAUGAAGAAGAAGAUACUGAUCCAAGGGUGGUUCAUCCUAAAACUGAUGAGCAAAGAUGCAGACUUCAGGAAGCUUGCAAAGAUAUCCUCCUUUUCAAAAACCUUGAUCAGGAACAGCUUUCUCAAGUUCUCGAUGCCAUGUUUGAAAGGUUAGUCAAAGUGGAUGAGCAUGUCAUUGACCAAGGAGAUGAUGGAGACAACUUUUAUGUCAUAGAACGGGGAACCUAUGACAUUUUAGUAACAAAAGAUAACCAGACGCGAUCUGUUGGUCAGUAUGACAACCGUGGCAGUUUUGGAGAACUGGCUCUGAUGUACAACACCCCGAGGGCAGCUACCAUUGUCGCCACCUCAGAAGGAUCCCUUUGGGGAUUGGACCGGGUAACUUUCAGAAGAAUCAUAGUAAAAAAUAAUGCAAAAAAGAGGAGGAUGUUUGAAUCAUUUAUUGAGUCUGUGCCACUCCUCAAAUCACUAGAGGUGUCAGAAAGAAUGAAGAUUGUGGAUGUAAUAGGAGAAAAGAGCUAUAAGGAUGGAGAGCGCAUAAUUGCCCAGGGUGACAAGGCUGAUAGCUUUUACAUCAUAGAAUCUGGCGAAGUAAGCAUUUUGAUAAAAAGCAAGACAAAAACAAACAAGGAUGCUGGGAACCAGGAGGUUGAGAUUGCCCGCUGCCAUAAGGGGCAGUACUUUGGAGAGCUUGCACUGGUCACCAACAAACCCAGAGCGGCUUCAGCGUACGCAAUUGGAGAUGUCAAAUGCUUAGUUAUGGAUGUUCAGGCCUUUGAGCGGCUCCUGGGGCCCUGCAUGGACAUCAUGAAGAGGAACAUCUCACACUACGAGGAGCAGCUGGUGAAGAUGUUUGGCUCCAACAUGGAUCUGGUUGACCCCGGAGAGUAGACGUGCCACCAUUCCCCAGAGCCUUCUCAGUGUGACAGCGAAACCUUCUGGUCAGCCACAAGAACACACACAGAAAAACAGACACAACAGAACUGUUCCUGCUGUUGCCAUUGCCGCUGCCAUUGCUGUGGUUAUGGGCAUUUAGGAAACUUGAAAGUCAGCACUAAAGGAUGGACAGAGGCUCCACCCACACCUCCACGUUGCUUCUGAACGCCCAUUUUUAGACCACUUGUAAUGAUUACUCCAACCCAGUUUUCACAUCUUUGGUUCAGAAUGGCAUGUCUCUCCAACAAUUUUUAAGUGCCUGAUAAAAAGUCCAAAGUGUAAAAACAUCCUCCUUUCCUCUCUUGCUGCUACUCUUGCUUUUUGGAAGUUACUCACAGUUCCACAGCAACCUGUUAAAUAGCUGUAGACCUCUCUCUCUCUCUCUCUCUCUCUCUCUCUCUCUC